UAGAUGAAUAGUCCAAGGACAGAACACUGGGGGGCGGGGGUGGAAUCCAGCAGUACCUUCCACAGGAAACUGCACAUGAGCAGAGUGCCAGGAUGUUUGUUCUGUUUCUACUGUGCAUAGUCUUUCUGGUCUGCCUGAGUAAGGGAGAAUUUUAUGAACAUCUGAUUGAGCCUUCAGUGAUGUGUUAUAAAUGUAGAAAAUAUCAUCUUGGCAUGUGCUAUGAGGCCAUGAGGUCCUGUGUCCUGAAGUACCAACAGACCUGUGCUGUUAAGAACAUUUACUUACUUACACCAAAAGGGCGGAGUAUGUAUUUUUAUUCAAUACUGUCAUGUAUGACCAACUGUGAGGACAUCAACUUCUUAAGUUUUGAUAAGAGGACAGAGCUCAUCUGUUGCAAAAAUAAAAACUAUUGCAACCUCCCUGAGGGAGUAUAGUUCUGCAUCUCUCCUGGAUUUUCAGUUAUUCUUCAACUUACUACUCCCUUUAUCUCUUCCCCCAUACCUAUAGUUUGUUCUCCUCUUCCAACCAAUGGUGUAGAGUGAGAAAGCCAUCUGGUAGUGAAGAGAGAGGCCCUCAUAAGAAAAGACAGUGGGAACGAGCUGAGUCUCUUUAAUGAUGAAGCACUACACAGAAUUUUUGCAAAUUUCUUUUGCUCACAGAAUUUUGGUUUCAUUAUGAUGGUGUUGCCAUGAAUAGCAUUACAUUUAAAAUUGAUCAUUCAUUAUCUCCUACAUGUAAAUAUGAAGACCUGGGUCAAAAUAAUUCCAAGCUGAUACUGGGAAUUCUGUGACUGUACUUUAUCCUCAUCCAUACCCACUCCUCUGGUAUGGGGUUCUCUCUGGAUUAGCCCUGACACCCGGCACUCUCCUUUUGCUUGUGGGUUAUGGAGAUAAAAGAAACUAAUUCCCGUUUCCCAAGUGGCUGGCAACAUGAGCCACAUCUUUCUAUGGUAGAGUUCUUGGGGGAGAAUCUCAGGCCAGAAAUAAUUUGGACAGGUAUAGGGAUGAGGCAUCAAAAAAAGUUUUAGGGGCAUUUCAGUUUGUGGAAAUUAAGAUUUGAGAAACAAUUUAGCAGGGGUGGAGUUAUCAUGGCCUUUCCUGGCUAGGUAGCUGGAUAGCAGUUGACUGAACUAGGUGAUUGAAUUGGAAAUGCAAACCUUGUAUAAGAAUGGCUAGUCCAUUUCUUCUCCUAAGAGUGUGAAAAAAAAAAUGUUGGUAACAAAGCAGGUGACAACACACCUGUGGCCAAGAUAGUGAAACUUCCCUGGGUACAGAAUAACCCUGCUAUUUCUCUCCUUGUGAAGCCUACUGAAGUUCCUAGUCCUGGAUUUCCAUGAUCUUUUUUACCUCCCUUUUUAUGCCAUGUGAAAUUCUUACAAUAAACCAUUUACCCCUCUACUUGAAUAGUUUGGAGUACUCUCUGUCUUUAAAAUCAUUUGGGAUUUUGCAGAGUCGGGAUGAGGAAAGACAUGUAGACAACUUUUUCAAAAUAGGCAGGCAGGUUGGAAAAGCCAGCGUAACAUGGAUAUUUUGAGUUAGGGAAACAACAUAUUUUUGUUUGUAGUUGUAUGUGGUUUUCUCUCUCCCACUGCAUCAUGGGUAUGGAAGGUGUUGUCUAGAAAAAAAAAGAGCCAGAGAGAUCAUUGUUUUCCCUUGAGUUUCAAAAUAGACCUUAAAAACAUUUGUGAAUCAAUGUUUAGACAAACUGAAGAAGAGAUUACUCAGAUGCUAAUUGGGUAAUUCAACAAGUAUCACACAAUUUUCCAAUUAUAAUUCAUGCAUGAAAAAAUGACUGUGUUGAGUUCCCGUGUGGUGCAGCAGGUUAAGGGUCCAGCAUUGCCACUACAGCAGCUUAGGUUGCUGCUGUGAUGCAGAUUUGAUCCCUGGCCAGGGAACUUACACAUGCCACGGGCAUGGCCAAAAAAAGAAAAAAUAAUGAUCAUGUUCACUACUACUUCAGAAAGUAGACAGAGUAAUGGCUUGUCUCUGCUACAUGAUAUGUGACUACAAUUAGAGAUACUUGAAGGCUGGGGGUGAUUCAAAAGCAGGAGCCUGGAAUCAUUUAGAGGUGUCUCCAUUCAUGCGUCACUGCAAUUAAUACUGGUAUAAGUUGUGAGGUCACCUUGGGCUAUUGGUCAGAACACCUACAUAUGGACUCCAUGUAGUUGGGCUCCUUUACAUCAUGGGGUCCCGUCUUACACACACACUUAGGGCUCUAAAGGUAAGCAUAUAUUCUUUUUUUUUUUUUUAAGUGUAUAUUCUAACAAGGUGGAAGUUGCAUUGCCACUUCCAAAGAGUCAUGUAUCACCACUUCUACAUUCUAUAGGUUACAAAUGAGUCACAAGCCUAGCCAAGUUCCACUUUGGAUUGGAGAAUAGCAGCAUUGUAGAAGAGCCUGUGUGGGAUGGGGGGUAUUAUUGCAGCCAUCUUUGGAAACCCCUGUCUGUUACAACUAGAUAAUAGCAGAGCUGGAAUUGGAUCCAAUAUCUAUACAAUCCCAAAUCUCCUUUUCAUUCUAAGAUCACUAUUAUAUUAAAGAUAUUUAAAAAUACAAUCUAGUGAUAAAAAAGCUUUUCUAAUCAUGACAUCAGUCACAAAAAGGAUGAGAAUGAUAGAUUUAACCACAUAUAAAUGUUUUUUGUAUGGUAAAGCAAAACCACAAAAAAAAAAAAAACCACCCCAUGUAUAAUACAAAGAUUGUUAUUUUCCUCUAGCCAUUGUAUCUUUAGUUGAAUACCUAAAAAGAAUAAAUCUCUCUAAAGACCUGUUA